CCCCCCCCCAUCUCUCUGCCCAUAAUAUAUAAUGAUCAUAUCUAAACUUUGAACCCAGCCCCUUGUCAACAAAUACAUAGAGAGAAACACAACACCAAAAGCAAAUGCCUUCACCAAUCCAAUUUCAAAGACCAAUCAACCCUCCUAAUUAUCACCACCCCACAAACACAAUCCACCACAAACAAUUCCAAUCCCAGCCAGUCGCCGCCUCAGUCGACCUCACACGCCACCACUCCCUCGUGAUGGCUCCCAACCAGUGCUGUUCUUCCGUCGUGCAAUCCAUCGAGGCACCCGUCCCGACUGUCUGGUCCGUCGUGCGGCGCUUCGACAACCCGCAAGCAUACAAGCACUUCCUCAAGAGCUGCCACGUCAUCGACGGAAACGGCGACGUGGGCACGCUCCGGGAGGUCCACGUGGUGUCGGGACUACCAGCGGGGUCCAGCACGGAGCGCCUUGAGAUUCUGGACGAUGAGCGGCACGUGAUCAGCUUCAGCGUGGUGGGCGGGGACCAUCGGCUGACGAACUACCGGUCCGUUACCACACUGCACGACUCGCCCAACGGAGUGGGGACCGUCGUUGUCGAGUCGUACGUGGUGGACGUACCGCCGGGGAACACGAAAGAGGAGACGUGCGUGUUUGUGGACACAAUUGUGCGUUGCAACUUGCAGUCGUUGGCUCAGAUCGCGGAGAGUAUGGCCAAUAAGCCCACCACCAAGAAACCCUCAUGAAAUUUUUCACGUUUCAUGAUUCUUUUUUUUCCUUUCUUUAAGGCUCGAUCUCUGCAGCUGGUUGAAAAAUGGUCAAAGCUUGUUGUAUGAUAUUGUGUAUAUUAAUGCAUGUUAUAAAUUACCUCUUUAAUUUCCUUUA